CAACCGUACGAGCUGGGGAUAAAUUUCCUCCUCAGAAGGCGGGCCCAAAUGUGUGCGCUGUUGCCAGCCCCCCGACCUCCAGCUGAGGAGUCAGAUCGUGCAAGGCCCUUUUUCCUCACGAGCGAGCUGUUCUGCCAUCCCGAGCGAGCUUUUCUGCCGUGCGAGACAUGCUCAGUUACGUAAGCCCCGCCGCCUCCAGCUUUGGGGCAGCAUGUCAGGCAGAGCGAGCUCUUUGUGGCCGCCAUGUGUCGGCGAGGCAGUCAUAGAGGAACAAAAAAAUGAAUAAGCAUAAAUGCUCAGAGGUCCCUCGCCACCGAUUUUUGCCCCGCAAGAUCAGGCCCUUGUCCAUGAGGCCUCCGCGGCGGCCCUCCGUGGCCCCCCGGGCGCGCGUCAUCAGCACGCAGCCCGUUGGUGCCUGGAGGAGAAAAUCAGAAGUGCGCGCAAGGAGUGCGCGCAAGCCUUGCCUGGUGGGCGGCGCAGCUGAGCGGGCACGCAACGGUGGCGCCUGGGAGAAGCGAGGCGAGGGGAUAGGCAACCAGCGAGGCGGAGGAGGGGCCGAGGCCCCGGCAGAGGGGGGAGGCGGCGCGUUCGGUGCUGUCAGCUGCGCAGGCGCUAGGGCCACGCCAAUUGCGAUGCUGGCAGGCGCAGAAAGCAACAGAGCGGCGGCCCGGGUACUGCACAUUCAAACAGUGCAGGGCCCGCUCUCUAUGAUACCGCUCCUAGCGAACCAUUACAUUUUGGAGGAAGCAAAAAAUUACAUGAGCGUGCACGGGGAGAAAUGA